CCCCAAUUCGGCCCACAAGCGCUAUCAGCAGCAGCCGUGUGCGCAAACGGCUGUCCACGGCGGGCGUAGUGCCGCCUGGCGGUGAGGCAGACUAUCGCGGGCAGACUAUCGACGGCAGACAGGCAGACUAUCGACGCUGCACAAGAGCACCCUCGACUGCAUCGUCAUGGCGAGGCUGUCGCGGCUGCCAAAUGCUUCAUGUGCCAAGUCUCGUUUCAGAAAUUAUGAGACCCUGUCGGCGCCAUCCAUGCUGCCUCGACUAGACCCUCCCGCGCCGCCAGCUCCCACCAACUCCUCCCACAUCUGACACCCGUCUAACAUGUCUCUUGUUUCCGGGCCCGGGCGCGCUGCUGGGAUAGCCAGCCUGCCCAGCGAGAUGCACCUCUUCGUCGACAAGCACGUCGCCUAUAUCCAGAGCCUCGACACUCGCAAAGAUGAGCUUGAGUACUGGCUCACCGAACAUCUGCGCCUCAACGGCCUCUACUGGGGACUGACGGCCCUGCAUCUCCUGGGCCACCCAGACGCCCUUCCACGCGCUCCCAUCCUCGACUUUGUCAUCUCGUGUCUGCAUGAUAAUGGCGGCCUCGGUGCUGCACCGGGCCAUGAUGCCCAUAUGCUCUAUACCGUUAGUGGCGUGCAGAUACUCGCGACGCUUGACGCUUUCGGUGAGCUUGAAGAACGCAUCCCCGGCGCCCGCCUGAAAAUUGCAAAAUUCAUCGCCGAUUUGCAAGAUCGCGAGACGGGCACAUUUGCAGGCGAUGAGUGGGGCGAGCAGGAUACCCGCUUUCUCUACGGUGCUCUCAAUGCCCUGUCUCUGAUGGGCCUGCUCGAACUUGUAGAUGUCGAAAAGGCCGCUCAAUACGUCCACUCGUGCGCCAACUUUGACGGAGGAUACGGUACCAGCCCUGGGGCCGAGUCGCACUCUGGUCAGGUGUUCACGUGUGUUGGCGCACUGACCAUCGCGGGGAGACUCGACCUUGUCAACCAAGAAAAGUUGGGCGCCUGGCUAAGCGAACGACAGCUCAAGAACGGAGGCCUCAACGGCCGGCCAGAGAAGAAGGAAGACGUCUGCUACAGCUGGUGGGUCAUGAGCAGCAUGGCCAUGUUAGACAAGCUGCACUGGAUAGACGGUCAGAAAUUGACGAGCUUCAUCCUGCAGUGCCAGGACCCGGAUCUGGGUGGUCUCGCAGACCGGCCUGGCGACAUGGUCGACGUCUUCCACACCGUCUUUGGAAUUGCUGGUCUCAGUCUGCUGAAGUAUCCCGGUCUGGAAGAAGUAGACCCUGUGUACUGCAUGCCUCGCUCAGUCACUCGUAGAUGCUUAGGUAAGUAAGCGAGAAUGCCAUCAACAAAUGCCAGUUGUAUCGCAUUGUGCUUGUAGAUUCCAUGACCAUUCAGCUGUAUUCGUAUCCGUGUAUUAUCCAUCCAAAGCCUAUCCUCCCACUAUCUAAUACCUCGCGUCUCCCCCAUAGGCGUCGAGACACAGAGCGGGAGGAAAGUGAGGGUGGCUUCCUCUUUCGUCAGUGCCGAGCUCCCACGUGCUCUGCCUGCUAGAACACCACCAACAGACCUCUUCUUGCUGCAAUUCCUUCACUGCGAUACUGCACCUUCCUCUCUUCU